UACCAUGCAAAAAUUACACAAUAAGUAGUCAGAUAAGUACAGUCCAUGAAUAAUCGUAGGUCGUAGUAAUGUCUUCAUCUGAAUCUGAUUCGGAAUCCAUUGAAUGGGAAGAAGUGAUAAUUCCUGAAUCAGAUGAGCAUGAGCUCCAAAAUAGAAGUGGCACAACUGUACCAUUAACGUUGACUAGAAAAAAGGAGUGUUCUCAAGAUAAGGCCUUGAGAGCUUUUUACCGUGAGAUUCAAGUUAACCUUCACAAAGUACACCUGCUUUGUUUAAUUGCUCAUGGAAGACGUAUGAUUGAUCAGUGCAAUGAACUUUUGACUCAAUGUCUUAUUCUUUCUCUAACUCCUCAAAGUAUCUGUAUGAUUAAUUCAGCUGAACUUUGCUGGGAAAAGAAUUUAAAUCACGCUUUACGAUGGUUCAUUGCAAAUAUUUCAUCAAUAGAGGAUGUACCAUGUCUGAAAGAAUUAUCUACUGUGCAGUUGCUUGUUACAUUGUAUAAGUCUCUUGGGAUUAGGGCACGUCUGGUUCUUGUCUUUCCAAUUUCUUCAAUAAAAGCAAAUAAACAGAGUGGGUCAUCAAAAGAUAAAUCUUUAUCUCAAAAGUCAGAUUUUAGCAGUAUUGUUGAAGAAUACCAAUAUAAUUGUGCACAAAAAAGUAACGAAAAGUUAAAAAGAAAGCGGAAACUAUCAACAUCACCAUACUUUGAGACGUCUUUAAGUUCUUCAACUGCAGAUGAAAGUAGCCCUAAGAGACAAAAAUUUGAAGAUCAUUUUGGUAGCAGUGUCUUAAAUUCAAGGAAUUUUUACGAUCAAUACAAUAGCUGGGUUGAAGUUUUACUGUCCAAUGGGAAAUGGAGACCUAUUCACAUUCCAUCUAUGUCAGUUGGUGAACCUGCACUUUGUGAGAAGCAUUUACAAAAUGAGUUUUUUUAUGUGUUAGCUGUUGAAAAUUCCUCUCUUAUGUCUGAUGUUACACCACGCUAUGCUUCACAAUGGUGCACAAAAAUUCAUAAAUUGAGGGUUGAUACAUCUUGGUGGUGUGAAACCCUUUCUCCGUUUUCUCAGCCUGCUGUUGAGGCACAGCAGGAAUCAAGUGAUAUAAAAGAUCAAUUACUGUCUGCACCAUUGCCUACCUUACUCUCUCAUUAUAAGAAUCAUCCCUUGUAUGUCCUGAAGAAACACCUUCUCAAGUAUGAAGCUAUUUACCCUGAUAAUAAGGAUUAUAUAUUGGGACACUUUAAAGGAGAACCUGUAUAUUCAAGAAGUUGUGUCCAACCUCUGCAUACUCGUGAAGCUUGGCUUAAACAAGGUCUGAUAAUCAAGCCAGGAGAGGAACCUAUAAAAACUGUUAAAUCUAAACACAGUGAAAAGGAGCAGAGAACUAGUCACUUAUUUGGUCAUUGGCAAACAGAGCAGUAUGUGCCACCACCAGUAGUUGAUGGUCAAGUACCUCGAAAUGAAUAUGGCAAUGUAGAAUUAUUCACACCAUCGAUGUUGCCUGAGGGAGCAGUUCAUAUAACUGAGCCUGGUAUAAGUAAAGUAGCUCAAAAGCUUAAUAUUGAUUAUGCUCCGGCUAUGAAAGGAUGGGAGUUUACAAAAGGAUCCUGCUACCCAAUUUUUGAUGGCAUUGUUGUUGCAUCAGAAUAUCAAGAAAUUUUGCUGGAAGCCUUGCAACAACACCAACAGAUUUCCAUUGAGAAAGAUAUCAAGAAACAUCAAAGAGUUAUUUUAGAUAGAUGGGCUAAACUAACUAAUAGCUUAUUAAUACAAGAGAGAGUAAAACAGAGAUACAAACAAAGUAACAAUUAUUCAUAGGUAGAAUGACAAAGACAAACAACAGCAAACUAUAAUUUAAUAGAUGUUCUCUGAUUUAGCAUAGCAGUAGUUUUUUUCUGAGAAGCACUUUCAAAGAGUGCUUUCUGUUCAGAUAUACACUUUUGUUUACAUACACAGCAAUUAUAAAUGUCAA